UGUAAUGGCGCUUACUACAGAGAACAGCGGAGUUCGCCAGAAAGAUCGCGCGGAUAUCGUGUUCACAACGCUACUUGUAAUGUGCUGUUCUGGUCAUACAUCCAUGUCCGAGCUCGGUUCCUGGGUUAGUGACUAUUUGAAUAAUAGACACCGGACAAAAUAAUGGAAAAGGUGUUCUUGGCGGUCAAAGCUAUAGAAUUCAAGUUAGACAGACGUGGGGUACGCGG